CUUUUUGUAUUCCACAUUAUGAAACAAUUAUAACCCUUCUAAUUUGCAUUUAAUAACCCAUCAUUUCGACAAAUCCUUUCUCCCCUUCGUCCUGAAAUUACCAUUCCAUUCUUGAAAAAUUAUUUCUUCGAUGUCGCAUUUUUAAAAAUAUCUUUCGUUCCAACCACACUUUUGCCAUUAUGUUUUUGUUUCAUUUCUUGGACUUCUGGCGAUGCUGUGGAAUCGAACCCAUGAUCACUUGUUUGGAAAGUUUUCUUCUCAGCCUGACAGUCAAACAAUACCAUGUGACCCUGAUAUAGAAAAUCCUUUUUUUUACAUCAGAAGCAUCAUCAAUAUUUAUCAUCUUAAAGAGACAAAAGGAAAAUGUUAUAUGGAACCAAUACAACCAUGUUUAUAUAAAAUCUGGUGAAUUAAGGUGAAAGGUUUCUUCGGAGUGAGAUUAUUAGCAACACUUUUAUAAUCCAUGUCUGGAAUAAAUACAAAAUAAUUUUGCAUUCUAAAUGGACUUAGCCAAAUUUAUAAAGGACUUUGCAGUACAGUUGAUGGACAUAUAGUUGAAGGAAUAUUUGUUUGAAAUAAAUUAUAGAAAAAAAAAUCAACAACCAUAUUCAUAUAUUGUGAAUUGAAAUACUGAUAGUUUUCAUUAUUAAGAAAUGGCAAAAAACUUAGCAAAGUCUUCAUAUGAAUGUGAUAUCUGUGAAAAGUCGUUUGCUUCAAAGGCUAAUCUUGUUCAUCAUAUACGUAUUCAUACAGGAGACAAACGAUAUCACUGUGAUAUUUGUGGUAGACCAUUCUAUCGAAGUGGUGAAUUAGCUAUUCACAAGCGUGUUCAUACAGGAGAGAAACCAUAUCAGUGUGAUAUCUGUGGUCAAUCAUUUGCUCGUAAAGAUAUUUUAACUACACACAGACGUAUUCACACAGGAGAGAAACCAUAUCAGUGUGAUAUGUGUAGUAAAUCUUUCUCCAGAAGUACUAACCUGACCGAUCACAAACGCAUUCAUACUGGAGAGAAACCUUAUCAGUGUAAUUUUUGUGGGAGAUCAUUUAAUCAAAGUAAUCAGCUAAUUAAACACAAACGUAUUCACACAGGAGAAAAGCCAUAUCACUGUGAUAUCUGUGACAAAUCAUUCUCCCGAAAUGAUGAGUUAACCAUACACAAGCAUAUUCACACAGGAGAGAAACCAUAUCAAUGUGAUAUCUGUGGUAAAUCAUUCCUCCAAAAUAGUUCAUUGACUGGACACAAACGUAUUCAUACUGGAGAAAAACGAUUUCAUUGUGAUAACUGUGGUAAAGCAUUUGUUCGAAGUAGUGCCUUAAAAGGACAUAGAUGCAUUCAGACUGUAGAAAAAGACCCCAUACCCUUAUGAAAUCUGUGGUAAAGCAUUUCCUCAAAGUAAUGCCUUAGCUGUACACAAAUGUAUUCGUACCUCAGAAAACCCCAUGCUAUUAUGAUACACGUGGUAAAUCAUUCCUUCAAAAUAAUUCCUUGACUGAUGAUAAAUGUAUUCAUACUGAAGAAAAAACCACUUCAUUGUUCAUAUCUAUGGCAAAGCAUUCAUUUGAAAUGUAUAUUUGAAGAAGCAUAAACAUUUACUGAAGAAAACCCAUGUCAUUGUGAUAUAUGUGAUAAAUCAUGUUCAUACAUUAAGCUAUUAACUCAGCACAAAAAUAUUCAUACAGGAGCAAAACUCUAUCACUGAAAUAAUAUCUGUGAUAAAUCAUUCUUUCAACAGGAUCAUUUAACUAACCACAUAUGUAUUCUUACAUAAGACGGACCAUAUGAAUGAUAUUUGUGGUUAUCAUUCUCACUAAAAGCUUUUAUUUUUUAUAUGUAUAUUAAGUAUAUUCUUGUAUUUAUUCCAUCAAGUUAUUGGUAAUAUAUAUAUGAUUUUUAUCUAUAGUAUGGUUCCUUCAUGACUAUGGAGAAAUUUACUGUUCAUUUGCAAGUGUCAUUGUAGUAUUAAACUUUACAUAAAAACAAAAUUGGUAGAGAAAUCUUUGAAUUAUCAUCAACCAAUAUUUUUAUGUCCAUUGUCAGUGUUGGACCAUAUUAUCUCAAGCAUUUUGUCAUUUCAAGUGUAAAUCUCAAAU